AUGGGAGUCGGCGAGAAACCUGCUCUGCAGGUGAUUGUUUUGGGCUCUGGAGGUGGUCCUCAAGAAUCAAAUACCACUGCUUUUCUGGUCCGCUCUGUUGCUCAAAAAUGGCAUCGGGGCUCCAUCGUUGCCGUCGAUGCGGGUGUUCAUCUCUCUUCUAUAACACGCAUCAUGGAAGCUUCGAUACCAUCACCGCCGCCACCUCCUCCAUUCACACUCACAACAGGUCCCUUUGCAGGUCUUGAGCUUCCUCAUUCUUCAGCUUCUGCUAACGCUGCUCACUUCACCCGAUCUCUGGUCGACACAUAUCUCAUCACCCAUCCCCACCUGGACCACAUCUCUGGCUUUGUGGUCAACACAGCUGGUUUCCCGGGAACAAGGCCCAAGAAACUCGCUGCCUUGCCUAGCACAAUUCAAGCCUUCAAGAAACACAUCUUCAACAAUGUUAUCUGGCCCAACCUCAGUGAUGAGAAUAACGGAGCAGGUCUCGUGACGUACAUGAGAUUGAUGGAAGGUGGGAGUCCCUCACUCGGCGACGGUGAAAGUAGGGGUUACAUCGAAGUUGCAGACGGACUCCUAGUCAAGAUCUGGAGCGUAAGUCACGGACACUGUCUUGAGAAACACAGUCACAGAGGCUCAACAUCAAGCGCGUCUACUCGCUUCAGCAGCCACGAUGCAUCCAUGCCACAGGGGCCGAUAGCACGCUCAUCAUCCUACUAUCCAGGGUCAAUACACCGUGGUUCAGUUUUGCUCUCACAGAAUAGCUUUGGUUCUGUCGCGCCUCCACCCGAACAGGAGCGAAUGUGCGUCUACGACUCAAGCGCCUAUUUCAUCCAGGACCCCGCCACUCAUCGCGAAGUCCUCAUUUUCGGGGAUGUUGAACCGGACAGCCUAUCUCUAAGUCCACGAAAUCUACAGAUCUGGCAAGAAGCCGCACCAAAAUUCGCCGCAGGAAAUCUCAAGGCAAUAUUUAUCGAGUGCAGCUACGAAGACUCACAGAGCAACGAUCGUCUAUUUGGCCAUCUGAAACCCUUAUUUGUUAUAGAGGAGCUGCAUGUGCUCGCUGGGGAAGUCGACGCCGUUCGCAAGAUGCGCAACGAUACUAAGAAGCGUAAGCGCAUGGGCAGCUUAGCUGAUGAGGCUCCACGACGAAAUCCCUCUGUUGUGAACCUCACAACUGAAGACCCCGUCUCUCCCAAGACAGUCAAGGCUUCGACACCGGAUUUCAUAUAUUCAGGCCCGGAGACACCUCCAACACCGCACCUUGCUACGCCCACAGCUGAGUUGACACUCAAUCCAUCUGAGUCUUUCACAUCUGUACCCGCGACAAGACGGCCACUUGAAGGUCUCAAAGUCGUCAUCAUCCAUGUCAAGGACCGGCUGGACGAUGGACCCAACGUUGGGGAUAUCAUUUUGGAGCAACUGAACGAUCACGAAAGCUCCAGCCAGACGCCAUUAGGGUGUGAGUUUGUUAUUUCUAAGCCUGGACAUAGCUUCUAUCUUUGA